AUGGCUGCUUGUAAGGUUUGCGAGCAGGACCUGACGCUGGAACUGGAUGGUGAUGAUGGCACUGAUGAGCCGCAGUUGGUGCCUGACGAUCUAGAACUCAUUUGCGGGUGCCACUACCAUUGGCAAUGCCUUCUCGACCAAGCUGCAGAGUUGGCUGCAUCGCUUAAGUGUCCUUCAUGUGAUACAGAGCUCGCCGCGAACACAGCAGGGCCUUCCUCUGGUAGCUCGUUAGUGCAAUCCGCGCCCGGCGCGGCUAUCCUGACAAGAUAUACCAACGAAGGUGGCAUUCAGGAGAAUUACGAUAUCCUCCCUGCAGUCACCGAGGAAGCUUAUCUAGAGGCAAACCCCGAGGCUCGUCCUGCCCGUGCCUUUCACAUCAUGUGCGGCGAGGGCGAUGUAGGCGGAAUAGUAGAGCUCCUCCGCGAUGCGGAACAAGCGCAAGGAGACGAGCCUACAAUGAAUGCUGCAAGCAUUAUUCGCUAUCAAGACCCGUUAGCAGACUCACAGACUGGCCUGCAUAUCGCGGUGGAAAAGGGGCAAGAGGAAGUUGUCUGGUUGCUUUUGUGGAUAGCAUCAACUCUUCCAACAGGAUCAUUCCCCGGGGAGGCCGUACAAAUAGCGCAAGUAAUGGGGAUCCAGCGACCGAGCACGUUGGCCUCGGAAGAUAUCCGAGCGCUUGCAGAUAAUCAAGGCCGAACGGCUGAGACGCUCGCAGAGGAGAUGAGUGGUUACUGGGCAAGUCUAGUAGACUCUGGUACUUUACACGCUGAGACCUCAUCUUGA